GGAGUGUCGGUCUCCUGGCUGGGUUGCAGGUUGGGUUAGGACCUAAGUGCUCGGGCGGAGGGACCAAAGCCUAGGGAGGCUGUAAGUACAUCGCCCCCAAGGGAGCCCUGCAAAAGCAGGUUAAGAGGAAGAGAGGACGCAGGAAAAGGGCAGGACCACAGCGCCAUUGUGUCCCUAAAUGCUUCUUUUCCCUACCCGAAAGGGAAAUGGUGCCCACCGCAAGCUGGCGCAGUGCCGCAGCUGCUGAAACAUUUAAAGGUGGGGGGGUUGGGGGGAGGGGUAGAUUUAUAGGCAGUGGGUCCCUUUCCCGGCUGCGUACCUGUGUGAUCUGGGAUUAGUCACUAAAUCUCCCCGAGCCUGUUUCUUCAUUUGUAAAAUAAGGUUGUGGUCUAAACAAAUCUGACGACAGAAACAAUUGGGAGGAAUAUCAAAGGAAGGGGAAGCUGUGGCGGGAGGAGCACGGACUUUGUGUGUCCCUCCCUCCCCCGCAGUUCACUGGGGACCUGGUCCUCUCGUGGGGUGCAUUCUGUACGUACAGUCCACUUGCCCUGGGACAGAGAGAGGGAGGAAAGGAAGGCGGGGGGAGGGGGAGAAGAGAAAGAGGGGGAGGUGGGCAGGCCUAACCGUGAUCCCGCCCCCUGUUCCUCGGCCAAUGAGGAGGCGGCGGCUGCCCUAGUGUGGCGGCUGGGUGCGGGGAGGUGGAGACUCGCUGAGGCGGAGGAAAGGCGAGGGUCAGGGAGAAGGGGCCGCAGCAGCAGAAGCAGUGGCGGAGGCAGAACUGUAGCGGCGGCAUCUAGUCGCGGAUAGGCAGCGUCUGAGACUCCUGCCGCCUGCCUUAGGACUUGGCGAGGGGGGAGGGAGAAAAGAGGGGUGGGGGUCCGUAGCACUGUUGCAACAACCCCCCCCCCCACGCCCCCGGCCUUGGCUGGGGCUCUCCCUGCCUGGGGCUGUAGCUAGCUUGGGUAAGAGAUAGACGGUGGCGGCGGCAUCGCGGCCUGUGCGGAGCGUGAGCGGCUGCACCUACAGAGUCGGGAGUCCGGCGACCGCGUCUAGCUGGUAGCUUUUCAGUGAGUCUGGGACUGCAGAGUCCGGCGGCGACGGCAGAGGCCAAGGACCCGGAAGCCUGCCCGAGAUGAUGCCGAUGAUAUUAACAGUGUUCCUGAGCAACAAUGAACAGAUUUUAACAGAAGUUCCGAUCACACCUGAAACAACAUGUCGAGAUGUUGUGGAAUUUUGCAAAGAACCUGGAGAAGGGAGCUGUCAUUUGGCAGAAGUUUGGAGGGGAAAUGAACGUCCUAUCCCCUUUGAUCAUAUGAUGUAUGAACAUCUACAAAAGUGGGGACCCCGAAGGGAAGAAGUGAAAUUUUUCCUUCGUCAUGAGGAUUCCCCAACUGAGAGCAAUGAACAAGGUGGCCGACAGAUCCAAGAUCAAAGAAACCAAAGAAAUGGAAUAAGUGCAACUACUGAGAAACAUAAUGAAAAUGGGGUUGGAAAUCCCCGGGUUGAACUUACACUUUCAGAACUCCAGGAUAUGGCUGCUCGGCAACAGCAGCAAAUUGAAAAUCAGCAGCAAAUGUUGGUUGCCAAGGAACAGCGUUUACAUUUUCUAAAGCAACAAGAGCGUCGCCAGCAGCAGUCUAUUUCUGAAAAUGAAAAGCUUCAAAAGCUUAAAGAAAGGGUAGAGGCCCAAGAGAAUAAGCUGAAGAAGAUCCGUGCCAUGAGAGGCCAAGUAGACUACAGCAAGAUCAUGAAUGGCAACCUUUCUGCAGAAAUUGAAAGAUUCAGUGCCAUGUUCCAGGAGAAGAAGCAAGAGGUGCAAACUGCAAUUCUACGAGUAGAUCAGCUUAGUCAGCAGCUGGAGGAUUUAAAGAAGGGAAAACUGAAUGGAUUCCAGUCUUAUAAUGGCAGAUUGAGUGGACCUGCCGCAGUGGAAUUGAAAAGACUAUACCAAGAGCUCCAAAUUAGGAAUCAGCUUAAUCAGGAACAGAACUCCAAACUUCAGCAGCAGAAGGAUCUUUUAAAUAAACGUAAUAUGGAGGUUGCUAUGAUGGAUAAACGAAUCAAUGAACUCCGUGAGCGUCUUUAUGGGAAAAAAAUUCAGGCACGUCAAAAAGAAAACAUUGCUUUAAAUCGAGUUAAUGGAACAGCAUCACCACAGUCAUCCUUGAGUGCAUCUGGGAGAAUAGCAGCAGUGGGCCCUUAUAUACAAGUUCCUAGUGCUGGUAACUAUUCUGUACCAGGUGACCCAAUAAAGCCACAGUCUCUCACUAUUGCUUCAAAUGCAGGACAUGGAAGAUCAAAAUCUGAUGGUCAUAGUAAACACCAGGUGCCUAGUUCGUGGACAGUGUCAGAUCUUGAUGUUGGGCCUGACUACAAAUCUUCCCAUCAUUCUGCAAACUCUGCAGUGCACUUUAUAAACUCUAAUGAUGGAAACUGGUCAGCACCAAAACAAACUUCUAACACUUCAAUAAAACCAGUUCAGACAGCUAAUGUGGAAUGGAAGGAAUCAGGCAUGGAUGGGGCUUUCAAGCAAGUGACGAUAUCAAGUCAGCCCCUGCCCUUGUCAGCUUUGGCAAACACUGAGAAGCCGGGCAUUGAUAUUGGGAAAGCCCCACCCUCCAUUCCGGGUACAAAUAAACAGUUGCCUCCAAACUAUGGAACCUAUCCAAGCCCUGUUCCAUUGGGUCCAGGCUCUACAAACUCUUUGGAACGGAGGAAGGAUGGCAGCCUCCCCAGACCUGGCACAGGCGUAACAAGUCGACAGAAACCUGCUCCCCUCCCUGCUUCAAGCAACAUACACCAGCCUAGUUCUUCACAACAGAUUCAGCAAAGGAUUUCUGUACCUCCAAGUCCUACGUAUCAACCAUCUGGUCCUCCCUUAUUUCCAUCUGGAGAAGGCAGGCCUGAACUCCCCUUAACUGUGGCUAUUAGACCAUUCUUGGCCGACAAAGGAUCAAGGCCUCAGUCUCCCAGAAAAGGACCUCAGACAGUGAACUCAAGUUCCAUUUACUCCAUGUAUCUUCAGCAAGCUACACCACCUAAGAAUUACCAACAGGCUGUGUAUAAUACUCUAAAUAAGUCCGUUAAAGCAGUUUAUGGGAAGCCUGUCUUGCCAUCUGGCUCUGGCUCUACUUCUCCAUCACCACUACCAUUUCUUUAUGGACCUUUGUCCUCAAACACAUCACAACCACAGCCUGCUUCUGAACUUACUGAGAAAGAUCAAGAGCAAGAAAAUAUCCCACCUUCUGGGGAAAAUAGCAAUGUGGAAAAUAUUCCACGGCCCCUCAGCCCCACUAAGCUCACUCCCAUUGUCCAUUCGCCUCUGAGAUAUCAGAGUGAUGCAGAUCUGGAAGCUCUGAGAAGGAAACUGGCCAAUGCCCCUCGGCCUUUAAAAAAGCGCAGUUCCAUCACAGAGCCAGAAGGCCCCAGUGGACCAAAUAUCCAGAAAUUGCUAUAUCAGCGCUUCAACACCCUCGCUGGUGGGAUGGACAGUGCACCUUUCUAUCAACCAAGCAACUCACAGGACUUCAUAGGCACCUUGGCAGAUGUUGAUAAUGGCAAUACGAAUACCAACGGCAACCUAGAAGAGGCUGUUCCCACACAGCCUACAGUUCCUCCACCUGAAGAGCCUCCACCAUCAUCAGAUGCCAACGAUAAUGAAUUGCCAACCCCUGAAACUGAGGAGCUGAUUAGCACAGAAACUACCAACCAAAGCCCUGAGACUGCAGAAGAUAACAAUAACAAUGUGGCUGUGUUCCCAGCUGGGGAACUGGUACCACGCCCCACCGUGGAGGUCAGUUCUCCCAGAGAAGAAGAGGCUCCUGCACCACCUGCUCCUUCCUCUGCUGGUCUUCCAGCUGCCUCAACAGCGGCGACAACGAUUAAACGUACAAACCUGAAGAAACCAAACUCUGAAAGGACUGGUCAUGGACUGAGGGUAAAGUUUAAUCCUUUGGCUUUGCUCUUGGAUGCAUCUUUAGAAGGGGAAUUUGACCUGGUACAAAGGAUAAUCUAUGAGGUGGAAGACCCCAGCAAGCCUAAUGAUGAAGGCAUAACCCCCUUGCAUAAUGCAGUGUGUGCUGGCCAUCACCACAUUGUGAAGUUUCUGCUCGAUUUUGGUGUUAAUGUGAAUGCAGCUGACAGUGAUGGAUGGACACCUCUACACUGUGCAGCUUCAUGCAACAGUGUCCACCUCUGCAAACAGCUGGUAGAAAGUGGGGCAGCAAUUUUUGCUUCAACUAUUAGUGACACUGAAACAGCUGCUGACAAGUGUGAAGAAAUGGAAGAAGGCUAUAUUCAGUGCUCCCAGUUUUUAUAUGGUGUCCAGGAAAAGCUGGGUGUGAUGAACAAAGGAGUGGUCUAUGCUCUUUGGGACUAUGAAGGUCAGAACAGUGAUGAGCUGUCGUUCCAUGAAGGAGAUGCCAUCACUAUCUUGAGGCGUAAAGAUGACAAUGAAACAGAAUGGUGGUGGGCUCGCCUUGGGGAACGAGAAGGUUAUGUGCCUAAAAACUUAUUAGGGUUAUAUCCACGAAUCAAACCUAGACAGCGAACCCUAGCUUGAAUGUUGUGGAGCAGUGCAAUUUUGCCAUUACCAGAAGUCAAAGAAGAUCUAUUCUGCUGAGGGAAUUUUGAAGCUGGAGAACUCUCACUUUAACGGUGCUCUCAUUAACAUCUGUACUUUGUAAGUGAGGCCCUUCCUUCUAAUCUGCCAGCAUCCAUGCAUGGUACUUCCUUGUGUGUCCAUGAAUUCUGUAUUUUGCCAAUUACACGAAGACAGAAUAAAUAAAAGGCCUUCAAAACAGUCACAUAGAAAUCCCAUAAACUAGCUUUUAAUUGCCCCCCCCCCCUCCAAAUCAAAUGUAUGUAAAGAAUUUCCUCCAUCAUAUUUAUAUCAGGUGACAGUCAUCCAGCAUUGGGGAAAGGCAUUUGGGAACCCUAGGCAUGGUUGAAAAACUGCCCCCAGAGGCUUUAUUUGUAAUCAUUGAUCCCUUCAAGCCAUUGAGAAUGGAGUUUGCUGGCAUUGAGUGUGGCUAUGAAACUUUUAAGUUCCCUUCCUCAAGUAGCAUCAUGUGUUGUGCUGUCAACCCUGGGUUGGUCCCCAUUUUGCUUAGUUCUAUGCCAUUAAAUUUUUAAAAUGGUUAUUCUGCAUUCUCUCCUUAACUACUUAAGCCAGAUUCCCACAAACUGUCAUGAUUGCCAAGUCCCAGUUCUCUUUUGUAGCAUUUCUUUGUGCCCCCACCCCUUCCCCAUCCCCUCUGUUUACCAAAGGAUCUCUUAAGGGAACUUGUCAGUGUUCUUACAAAAUGCAGAUGUUCUUUCUUAGGUCUAGAUUUUGAUAUCCUAUUUUCCAAUUUGUUGAGGGUCUGCUAGAGACUGUCAUACACUUCACUUCCACUAUUGAUUUAUUCUACUGUCAAGGGCAAAAAUUUUUCCUGGUAUUUCCUUGAGAUCUCUGGUAUCAGGGAGCUUAAAGAAAAAGUUUAAACGAAUGGUUUAAUUUAUUUGAAUAGUCUAACCAUGGUAGGUUCCCAUACCUCCUAAGUUGAACGAGUUUGUUUCUAAAACCUUCACUGAUCUGUGUUAAUAUUAAUAGCCUAAAUUUGUUCUGAAUCUGAAAGCAGUCAGUAACACUGGAGCUAGAGUCAAGUCAAGUCAGAAUUUCAAGGUAUUGUAUGUCCAAGUAGAUGCGAAGAAAAUAGUUGAUCUUGUGUAAGUGACUAAGGGAUGUGGUGCUGGCAGUUGAAAGGCUGAACUAGCACUAAGAACAUUACUCAGUGCUAGUAGUAUUGUGGUUAAAAAAAAAAGGAAAUGAAUCUCUGAGAUGGAAAUCCUUGACAAAGGGAAAAAGACGGGUGCAUUGUUGAGCCAGGAGGACAGUUGCUAUGGUUCUCAACAGUCCAAUACCUAAUUUUGGGGCCAGUUAUGCAAUAAUGUUGUCCACUAUUUUGUAGGUAAGAGGAAAGAAACUAAAGCACUUCACUGGAGUUUGAACUAUAUGAUAUGCUUUUAUAUACCAAAAGUAUUUUUUUGAAUUUUAUCUUUGAGUUGUAGCAAUGUUGGAAAUAUGUUUCUCAUUAAAGUGUAGGAUUUUUUCCAUAUAUGUCUUGUGUAUAAUUUAUAUAUGUAUAUCUAUCUCUAUAUAUAUCUAUUAAAAAAAUUGAUGCAGUGCUGUAACUGACCACAUUUUAGCAUUCCCUGUAUAUAUGUAUAUUGUGGUGAUGGAAAGUAGAAGGAUAUUGUUGAAAAAACCUUACUAUAUGAAUGUGACAGAAUCACUAUUUCUAAGAGCCUUGAUAAUGUUAAUUCUGAUGUAAAUGUGCACAAAUAAACUAUGGUUAUCCCUGA